AUGUGUCACCCACGAGCACGGUCGAAAUCCCCACCCUCGGUUGAAACACAUACCGUGCACAUAGAUCCAGUGGUAAAUGCCAUGCAAGAGACCCAAUUCUGGCGUAGACGAGCUACCGACCCCACCAUUGUGCAUAGCGAGGAUGAGGAGUUGCCACCGUUGAUGAGUGCCUCAAGCGAUGAUGAAGAACAAGGGGUUGGUUACCCCUAUGGCCAAGCCACCCGCAGGUAUACGGAUGACGUAGUACGUGUGCGUAACCAUGUGACUACAGUACAUCAAAUAGAUUUGCGCCCACUGAAUCUGAUUGUGACAGGUAGUGCAAUUGCCCCCGCAGUACCUGUCGUGUACGCCAACCAUCCUGAGCAUCUGCACUCUUAUGUGGCCGAACAAUGGGCACGAGUACGUGUCACAUAG